GGACUUGGAUGACUGAGAAUCUCCACAGACGCUCGAACCGAGCGUUUCCGGGAGCGCCUCGGAGCCACGCGGAGCAACAGCGGCAGUAACCCCCACUCCUGCACACACACACUUUGUGCGGAGGUCACGCGCCCCCACUAAUCUAAUGCCCAGAAGCGGCGACUGAGGAGGGCGCAGCCAGUGCCAGCUUCCCUCCUGCUUGCCGUGGCGAAUGAGUUUGAGGGCUAGUUUGAGGGCGCUGCAGCGGGGCUCGUCCGACCGCCGUGGUUCUCCCCCGCUCCCCCCCCUCGCUUUUCUGUGCGCCUUAGCCUCUCUCGCGUGCGAGGGGCGGGGUCGGCGGCCCCAGAACUGGGUUACGCGAUCCCAGGAGGAGCCGACGGCGCUGCUCAGCCCCUCUUGGGCGGAGCUCCACGCCCCCUCCUCACACAGCCGUCGACGCCCCAGUGCCGAGUGGCUUGAGCUCCGGAGCCCGGGCGGUGGAUGGGGUUCCCGGUGGCAGCGAGCAGCUGUAUCCCCUCACGCGUCCUGCGAGCCGUCGAGCGCCGCCCUGGCCAUGAGUUUCCCGCGGCCGCUGCGCAGAGCCGUCAGCUUGACCCCCGCACGGACUCUCAGGCUGGUGGUGCUGGGACAGGGCGCCGUGGGCAAAACAGGUAUAUAAUAGAAAACUACUUCUGAAAUCUUGCCAAGAAAACUGCAGGGACUUUGUAGGCAGUUGCCAGUGGUGAAUGCACCAAACUCAUCAUCAUCCAACUCUGAAAAGAGGACUGAGGGCUGCCGAAAAUGCCUUUGCAGGCCACACACAACUGCAGACCCAAUACCAGUGCUUUAGGAUUAUUCUACAAGUUAAGCAAUUCUGCAUUGACAGUAAGAUUCAUCACCAAGCGAUUUAUUGGUGAUUAUGACCCUACUCUAGAGAUGAUUUACAGGCACACAGCAGUCAUAGAUGGAGAGAUGGUUCAUUUUGAAAUUCUUGACACAGCAGGGCAGGAGGAAGACUCUCUCCAAAUUGAAGAAAAGAUAAAGUGGGGAGAUGGAUUUGCAGUAGUUUAUUCUGUCACUGACAGGUGUAGCUUUGAUGAGGUGAUGAGGCUGUGCUUUCUCAUCAACCAUAUCCAUUCUAGCCCAAAGCGGAACAGUGCUAGUGGAGAACCGCCGGUUGUGAUUGUUGGAAACAAGAAGGACCUACAAUUUGACCGAAUGGUAACCUUUGAGGAUGGAGAAAAUCUCUCCAAGGCUCUGAAGCAUCCUUUCUAUGAGAUCUCUACCAGGGACAGUUAUGAAGAGACUGUGAUGGUCUUCAACACCCUAUAUGGUGAGCUGAUGAAGCAAGGGCACUUUUCCCCAGGGUCCUUCAAGAGGCGAGCAUCAUCUAAAUUAAUGGAAAAGAUUCCUAAAAUUCAUGCCAAUUCAAGUUUAACUUCAGCAGGCAGGAGUCUCAGCUUCAAUUCAUUCAGGGACUACAUCCCAGAGUGAACAUUUGUCUAAGCUGUUGUACAGUGAUGUUCAAAGUACACAGAGCCAGUUCGAGAUAACAAGGGAGAGGUUGCAGAAUUCGUAGCACAAAGGGCAAGAGGCCUGCACGUUGUUAGGAAAGCUUUUUUUUUUUAAAAAAAAAUUCCAUCAAAAUUGGAGUAUCUGAGUUUGAUCCUUAGCUGAUAGCACAAGGCUAUGUGAUGCAACAGAAUAACUUACUGGAUGAUACCAAUGGACAAUCUGUACCUGAAUUUUUAUUUCCAAAACAUAUUUCUGAAAAUCCAACCCAAAAUUAAUGAUUCUUCCCCCCCCGUUAUUGUCUCCUAACAAUUAAUAUUCACAGUCAAUAAUAGUAGCCUACAAUCUCUGGCCCAAGGGGUUCCAUUUAGCCAAUGUUUCCAGUAUAUUUCACUUGGCCUAUUCCACAUAUCCUCCCCUAUGAAUUUGUUUCUUCCAUUUUAAACUAAUUGAAGCCAGUAGCCAUCUUAAUGGCAGAAAAUUCUAAAAGUAAGUGAGUUGUGGCGUGUUCUCAUGUAGAGUCUUUUGAAUUUGGAUUUAAGAGCACUGUGAAGCACCAUUGGGUUGGGCCCUUUUUAUUUUCCCUUCAACAAGAAAAGCAGUCAACUAAAUGUCUUUGCAAAUGGGAAUUCAGGUGCUGAAUUCAACAAUCGCUGAGCCGUGUUAAAUGUUGAUCUAUCUUUUAUGUGGUUUACAACAGGGGUUGAAAAGGUCUUAGAUAUACUGUUAUCUCUCUGGUUCUUACUAUUGAUCUGUUUUUUCCAACAAGAAUAUUAUAUGUGCAUCUUUUACAGACUGAUUAAGACCAUUGUUAUUAUUUGUUUUGGAUGGAUGCAGUAAAAACCACCCUUAAUUUAGUCAAAUAUACUUAGGCCACUGAAAAUGCUGGCUUGAUCUAUAGGCCUGAGUAAAAAGGGUGCUUUAUUUGCAUAAGAAGGUAUAGUGAGAUCAGUCUUUGUGGCCAGAGGGAAGAGGUGAAUUCAGAGAACGGGGCAAGUUUACAGGAUCCUACAACUUAGUAUUUAAAUGCUUAUUAAGUCUACUGCCAGGAAAUUCCAGGUACUCUUUACCAGAGUAAUUUGAAUUCAGAUAAUUUAGGUGCUGUGGAUAACAGGAGCCAAGAAUGUGUUCAUCUGCCUCCCCACUUUUCAGAUUGUGCUUGAAAAUGUGAAAAUAUGAAGCUGCCUCAUGGGAAGGUCCUUCUAGCCUAUGAGUUUCUAGUUGGACAGAUGGGAACUCUUUAACAUCUCAGGUUCACUGUUCCUUGAGAAGCUUUGGCAAAUAACAUGUUCCUUAUUUAAAGAAAAAUAACUGGAGAAAUGCUUGAAGCAUAUAUAAUUUGCCACAGAUCUACUGUCCCUCUUCAAGCUAUUUUUUUCCCCUCUGGGAGCUUCAUCUACUAGGCCGAUGCAUUGCUCAGACUCCCAGGCACCUGCUGUUUUGGAGGGCGAGAUGACAGAUUAGUUGAUUCAGUUUGUUCCCUAAGGCUCCUACGUGGCUUCUCUGCAUUGGAAAACAGCCGCCUGCUCACUACCUACUACUCACUUCUUUACAGUGGUUGGUGUGGCUUCUUUGCCAUGCAGCACACAGAAACAAAAAGAUCUGUGUCUUAAACAUGCAGAUAUUUUACAUACACACUAAGGGAUGCUCUGUAUUUCUAAAAAUAAUAAAUAUGUCUGUACUAA